GGUUCGGCGGGCGACACGGCGAAGCACGCGAAGCCGCCAAGACAGACAGUCCGACCGCACCGCGCCGCGCGCCGCAACAAACAAAACUCGAACCGCGGAACUGCGACCGGCAGUAGUGACGCGCGCGAACGGGGCCCCUUAAAAGCAAAACUUAAGAGCCUUUCCCUCGCGAAAACGACUGUGAGUGAUGUAGCUGUGUAGUGGCUGAGUCAAUGUCGUGUGUCCAUACGCGGCGAUGGCUCCGGGACGGGGGCCCCCCGCGGGGCCGGCCGGGCUGGGCGCGAUGGCGGUGCUGCUGCCGCUCGCCUGCCUGGGCUGCCUCGCGAUAGCGGAGGCCGCCGCCACAACGCCGGCGCCAGUGCCGAAAUGCAAGCAGCCCCCGCUGGCGGGCAACUGCACCACCUACCUCCACAAGUGGUACUACGACGGCGACGUGUGCCGCACCUUCACCUACGGCGGAUGCAACGGCAACCUCAACAGGUUCAACACUGAGUACGAGUGCCUCGCGGCCUGCGCGCCGGGCCACACGCUGCCGCCAUACAUGAUUUCCACGACCACCACGCCAGCGCCCCGCGGCGUCAACGCCUCCACGACGCCCAAGCGGCCGGGCACCACCAAGAGGCCGCCGCCGACGGAGCCGCCGGUGCCGCUGGCGGACCGCGGCCAUGAGCUCACGUUCGCGGAGACGGGCCGCCAGAAGGUGUUCAUGAUGACGCGCGGCGACGCCUUCAUCCAGGUGGACGACCACCGCAUCCCCACGUUCCAGCUCAGGCUGUGCCGCGAGAUUUCGUUCCAGUUCCGCACGCGGCUGCCGCACGGGCUGCUGGUGUACCACUCCGUCAAGAACAGACCCGGCGGCCUGGAGCCCUACGCGCUCUACGUCAUCGUGGAGAAGGGCCAGCUCAAGGUGGUGCACGUCAUCGGGAAGCACUCCACGUCCGUGACCGUCGGCGAGGGCCUGAACCGGGACACGUGGCACACCGUGCUGGUGCGCAUCGACGUGCCCAACUCGCGGCUCCUGGCGUCGGUGGACAACCGCACGGCCGAGGCCAGCAUCCUGGGGCUCACGCCCGGCUACGGCGUCACCACCGACCUGCCGUCCGUCGUGCUCAUCGGAGGUCUGAGCCCCGAAGAGAAGCUGCACGGCGUCAAGUACAUCAUCGAGUCCUUCAUGGGCUGCAUCAAGGACAUGCGGCUGAGCGCAGGCAAGAGCAGCAGCGAGCUGGAGCCCAUCAGGCCCCUGGUGGCCAGCAAGCACGACAACGUCCUGGAGGGUUGCAUCAACAAGUGCCGCACGCGGGACAACCUGUGCUUCGUGGGCAGCCACUGCAUCAACCACUACCAGGACGUGUCGUGUGACUGCUACGGCACCGAGUACGAGGGCGAGCGCUGCGACAUCUACACGGCGACGGUGCUGACGCUCAGGGGAUCAUCCUUCGUGUCGUACCGCAUCUACGACUGGAAGGACAGAGUGCAUUCCAACGUCAACAGAAUCAGCUUGUUUUUCAAGACCCGGUUCGACGACUCGGCCCUGUUCUACGCGAGCGGCGAGACGGACCGCCACCACCACAUCGCCGCCUCCAUCGUCAACGGCUCGGUCGUGGUGGAGAUGGACUUCUGGGCGGGCCCGGCCAUCGUCACGGACAUGAAGACCAUCGUGACCAACAACCACUGGCACAACCUGACCAUCUACCACGCGCGCGACCGCGUGCACAUCUCGCUGGGUGCCGAGAAGAAGGAGAUCUCGCUGCCGGGCACGCAGCACUACCUGCAGAUCGACCCCGAGAUCUACAUCGGCGGCGGCCCCGAGCUCAACAAGAAGCGCGGCCUCCUGUCCAACAACAACUUCGCCGGCUCCCUCAAGUACGUCUUCUUCAACGACGUCUCCAUCCUCUACGAGCUCAAGAAGGGCAACCCCAAGGUGCACUACAUCGGCGUGCUGGCCCCGGAGUUCUACGAGGCGGACGUGGAGAUCAUCCCGCUCACGUUCCCCUUCCCGUCGUCGCACAUCUGGUGGCCCGCCAGCAACGUGCACAACAACCUGUCCCUCUCCUUCGAGUUCAAGAGCUACCGCAGCAUGGCCGUGCUCGUGUCCUCCAACGUGACCACCGCGUCCGGCACCGGCUACAUGGAGGUGCGCGUCGUCAACGACCAGAUCCGCCUGGAGCUCAUCCCGGAGAUCGGCAAGAACGUGACGCACCUCACCACCGUGACGUUCGACUCGCGGGCCAACUGGCACAACGUGGACCUGACGUACUCCAAGGGGGAGGUGCGGCUGACGGUGGACUACCGCAACAAGCAGUCGCAGCUGUUCGGCCUCGAGUUCACCAUGGGCGACCGCGUCAUCAUCGGCAGCGCGCUGGGCAGCAAGGCCAACACGGGCCUGGUGGGCUGCAUGCGCCAGGUGGUGGUGAACGGCGUGCCGCUGGAGCCGCGCUACGUGGUGCGCACCAAGCACACCGUGGGCACCGUGUCGCUCGACAACUGCCAGCUGGUGGACCCCUGCACGCGGCCCAACGCCUGCGAGCACGGCGGCAAGUGCUCCGUCAAGGACGACCGCGUUACGUGCGACUGCAAGGGCACGGGCUACAUCGGCAAGAACUGCCACUUCGCCGAGUUCCGCAAGACCUGCGAGGAGCUGGCGCUGCUGGGCUACACCAAGCCGGACGUGUACCUCAUCGACAUCGACGGCAACGGCCGCUUCCCGCCCGCCCACGUCAAGUGCGAGUUCCAGUCGCUGGAGGACGCCACCAAGACCAUCGUGGAGCACAAUCUGCCCAGCCAAGUGGACGUGCGAGGCGCAUCCGAGUCGGACUUCAGCUUCACCAUCAAGUACCGCGAGUUCACGUCCGAGAUGCUGCAGGAGCUCAUCUCGCACUCGCUGUACUGCUCGCAGUACAUCAAGUACGACUGCUACAAGGCCCCGCUCGAGCUGCACUCGGCCACGUGGUUCGUGUCCUCGGCGCGCAACGGCACGGUGGACUACCUGGGCAACGUGAAGCGGGGCUCGUGCCCCUGCUCGGCCAACCGGACGUGCGUGGACCCCGACCUGUCGUGCAACUGCGACGUGACGGAGAGCAAGUGGCACUCGGACGAGGGCUUCUUCGCCACGCCGUCCUCGCUCGGCAUCACCGAGAUGGUGUUCCUGCAGCAGAAGGACCUGGACGAGGACGCGCUGGGCAGGAUCACCCUGGGCCCGCUCGAGUGCGUCGAGACGAACACGCAGACGUACGUGGUGACGUUCACGACCAGCCAGUCGUACAUCGAGGUGCCGGGCUGGCGCAAGGGCGACAUCGCCUUCAGCUUCAGGACCACGGGGGAGAACGCCAUCCUGCUGUACCAGCCGCCCAUCCGCCCGCACCUGCCCUCCUUCAUGGUGGCACUCACCAGCGACUUUAAGCUCACGUUCAACUUCACGCUGAACACGGGCCGGUCCCGCGAGCUGGAGAUCAAGUCGCAGCGCCGCCUCAACUCGGGCGAGUGGCAGAAGAUCUGGAUCGACUACAACGAGCACCACGUCCGCUUCAUGAUCAACACCGACUACCAGAUGGUGGACCUGCUGCCCGAGGAGGAGUUCGGCCCGUUCGAGGGGAGCAUGUUCAUUGGCGGCGCCACCGAGGACUUGCUGAAGAAGAGCUCCAUCUCGCAGGGCCUGAUCGGCUGCUUCCGCGGCCUGGUCGUCAACGGCGAGGUGCUGGACAUCUACUCGUACAUGAGCGUGCACCUCAGCGAGAUCAUCAAGGACUGCAAGCCGAGCUGCGACCCCAACCCGUGCAAGAACGGCGCCCAGUGCAAGGAGCUGUGGUCCACCUUCAAGUGCGUCUGCGAGAACCCCUGGGCCUACAUCGGCCAGCACUGCGAGACGAAUAUCAACGUGAACGCCAUGACCAUGGUCCGCAUGGAGACGUACAUGAACAAGAACUUCUUGUUCAACAACACCGACCCGGAGAAGAAGCUCCUCAAGAGCAUGCUCAAGGAGAACAUCCUCCUCAACGUGCGCACGUACGACGCCAAUUCGCUGCUGCUGUACGCCAACGACCACCUCAACAACUUCGUGCACCUCUUCAUCCAGAACAAGAAGAACCUGGUGUUCCUCUUCAACUCGGGCAACGAAAUCAGGCGCAUGUCCGUGCAGUACCCAGGACUCAACAGCGGCAAGUCGGUGCAGAUCGCCAUCAUCCGCAAGGGCGGCGACGUGACCCUGCACGUCAACGACAGGAACACGACGAUCCACGCGCCGAACGUGCUGCUCACCGAGUACCGCCACAAGCCCUGGAUCAACGCCGAGAAGGAGGUGCUGGCGCCGCAGCGGCCGCCCGCCCCGCCCACCGACUACUUCCAGAUGAAGCUGGGCGGCAUGCAGGACGAGACCCUGCUCCGCGUCAACCCGGAGGCGCACCAGCUCACCGGCUUCAUCGGCUGCCUGCGCGGCUUCAAGAUCGGCAACACACUGUACGACCUGCAGGCCAACGCCACCAACCCCAUCGACAUCGUGGCGCCGGCCGGAGUCAUCCCGGGCUGCCGCAUGAAGUGCGACGACGAGCCCUGCAAGCACCAGGGCAUCUGCAUCGAGGACUUCGCCAAGGGGGAGAGCUCGUGCAACUGCGAGCACACGUCCUACUACGGCGAGUUCUGUGGCCAAGAGAAAGGUGCCGACUUCGGCGGCGAGUCCGUGCUGCUGCGCAACUUCACGGUGGAGGGCGAGGUGAACCAGGUGAAGGUGCAGCUGGCCUUCUCCUCCAACGACGCGCGGCACCGCAGCACCGCGCUGCUGCUGAUCCAGACCGAGACCCGCCGCAGCUACUACCUGCUGGUGGCCAUCUCGGCCGAGGGCGAGCUCAUCUUCGAGGAGGACCGGGAGGGCACCGCCACAUCCAUCGGCGCCCGGAUCAAGGACCGCAACUUCCUGAACGGCGCGCGCCACUCGCUGUACUACAAGCGCGUCGACCAGUCCGCGACACUGCUGAUUGACCGCGAGCCCGUGGCGCUGCAGCCCAUCUCGGUGCUGAGCUACACCGAGGACAAGGACGCCAGCCCCAGGGUGAGCGACGCGGUGCACAUCGGCGGCCUCAAGACCAGCGACCCGCGCUUCGGUGCCUACACGUCGUACAGCGGCUGCCUGUCUAACGUGUUCGUCGAGGUGAACCACCAAAUGAUGAAGCCGGUGGACGAGUACAUGGCCUUCAUCAAGAACGGCUCGGAGAAGGUGCUGGUCAUCUCGCCGUCAGGUGUCCGCAGCGCGCAGUGCGCCAACUUCGACCUGAUCCACAAGCCGCGGCCCAGCCCGUCGCUCAACAGCAGCCUGGUCAGCGUGGGCCGGGACAAGGCGUGGGUGGAGGACUCGCCGAGCCGGGUGCCGUACAAGUCGCAGUACUCCGUGCCGUCCACCGUGGAGGAGGGCUUCGGCAAGAUCGCCUUCAUCGUGCUCACGUCCAUCUUCGCGCUGGUGAUGCUGGGCGUGGCGUGGGACGUGUACCGGACGCAGCGCAACUACCGGCGCCGCAAGGAGGCCGAGGAGGCUGCGGCCAUGCUGUGGCACAAGCCGCCGCCGCUGCUGCCACCCACCGCGCCGUCGCCCUACAAGGCCCGCCAGCAGCAGCAGCAGCAGAAUGGGUCGGCCUCCAAGCCGCUGCUCAAGGGCGAGCCGCCCAGCGCCGUGCACGUGGCGCCGCCCGUCGUGCCGCAGCAGAACGGCCGCCAGAUCCGCUUCCAGGAGGACCGCACGGACAGGGAGCUGCAGUGGGAGCCCCUGAGCGAGGAAGAGAACAAGCUGCUGGACCAGGGGUUGCCGGGGGGGCUCGAUUUGCGGAACAAGUUUCCGCCCAUACACGAGGACGAUCACGACUCUGAAGAAGUCUCAGAGCCCGCCGACCCGGACGACGCUCUCACGGACGACGAGCCGGACGAGGGAGGGGCGCGCGCGGGGCUGCCCGGGCUGGCCCAGCGCCCCGUGCAGGCCUUCCCCUCGCGCAGCGCAGGCCCGCAGCGCCCGCUCGCCCCCAUGCCCGUGUACCUCGCCGACAACGUGCGGACGUUCGCCAACCCCAUCAGCUACCUGGGCGGCCCCCGGCUGCUGUCCAACAGCACCGCCCCCCGCACAAGCAAGGAGUCCGUGCUCUCCCUGGACUAGGCCCCGAUGCUGCCCUCUCCCUCCCCCUCCCCCGAACAAUGCAUGCACACCGUGGCGUUGCAAGAACGCGCCGAGCACGCGGGCGGUUUAGUGAUACAGUGGUGUGUUUUGUCUAGUCUCCAAUUAGUGAUUUUGUUGCACUCGGUCUGCCACCUUGUCGGAAGACUUCAGCGGUGUAAAACUUUGUAAAUAUAUUGAUAGAGAAUGCACCGUUAAAGACUGUUCUAAUGUAGAUUAUAUGUUUCCAUUUACUCGUCUUGAAAUAUGUUGAAGUGUGUGCCUUAUUUAGAAAUUGUGUCAACUGUCACCGGUUGUUGUACAUAUGUAUGGUAGUUUUUGAUGUUUUGAACUCGCCUUAAAAAUUGGCGCAGAAAAUUUGUAGUGUUUCCCAGAUGACGCGUGCAUUUUGGAGCUUCCAAGACAGCAAGUAGUGUACCAUUUCCAAGAUGAUCUGCGUUGAGAGAUGCCGCGUUCCGUAAUUUAUGACUUGUUAGUAAUAAUAGCGGUCAGACUUGGUCGAAACUUAUGCUAGUCGCUUCUACAUGCAUUGAAGCUUAACCAGUUUAUCAAAAAAAUAGUUUGCAUCGAAAUACGCAGCUCACUUUGUACCAUUGAAAGUGAUUUUUACGUGUCUUUGUAUGGAUACUUAUUCUUCCUCUCAUUCUUGUAAAAUAUCACUGGUAAAAUUAAAGCGUAGUUUUAAGCUUCAUUUAAGCACUCAACUACGCUUAAUCGCCUUACGCCCUUCUUCAAGCGUACAACUACGUUUCAAGGCAAUUUCUACCCCCCCUCUCGCAUUUACAUUGGACGAAAGGAGUGCAUUACACCUUAGUUUUACCAGUGAUUCUAAAUCAGUUUUAAAUUUAUUUCUUAAAUGUAGAAUAUAUAUUUUAAGUAGCUUCUCGCAGGAUUUUCGUUUCUCAUACGUGUAAAAAAAAGACGUUGGUUAGGCGAAUACACUGACUGACCUUUGGACAGUGAACCCGUUUCAAUAAGCAGCGAAACAAACUUCUCUUUUGCUUCUACAGACUGUGAUUGUUGGUGUGAAAAGUCCGAAGGGGUUGGUUUAGCGUAGCCCUAACGAACUCUUCGCAAGCCCCCAAGCCAAGAAUCACUAUGUCGAAAGAUGAGAAAUACGCCGCUGACAACGAGACUCAAGUUGGCCGACGAUCUGUCGACGCAUUCGCCUCUGCAACUUCCAUUUUCUUUUCCACCGUUAGCGUGACGAGUUUGGGCACAAUUUUAAUUAUGAUAAGACAUGGACGAACGACUACUUCUGUUGGCUGUGCGUGCUCAAAACGUUGUCUGAUACUAAUAAAGUAUUUUGUGAA